AUGGUAUCAAGUUUUCGUGUUUCUGAACUGCAAGUGUUGUUGGGGUUUGCUGGACAUAAUAAAAGUGGGCGGAAACAUGACCUCCUGAUGAGGGCACUGCACUUACUGAAGAGUGGCUGCAGCCCGGCAGUUCAGAUAAAAAUCGGAGAACUCUAUAGGCGUCGGUACCCAAGGACGAUUGAAGGACUUUCAGACUUAUCUGCUAUAAAACCUGCAGUUUUCAAUUUGGACAGUAGUUCUUCUGUUGAGCCUGACCUUGCUCUUGGUAGCAUUCACCCACUCCCUUCUACUUCAGUCACACCUCAGUCUCCUUCUUCAUCUGUCAGUUCUGUGCUCCUCCAAGACCCUAAGCCUCACUUUGAGAUGCAGCAGCCAUCUCCUCCAAUUCCACCCGUUCAUCCCAAUGUUCAACUGAAAAGCCUACCUUUUUAUGAUGUGCUUGAUGUGCUCAUAAAACCUACAAGUCUAGUACAGACCAGUAUUCAGAGGUUCCAAGAGAAGUUUUUUAUCUUUGCUUUAACACCUCAGCAGGUCAGAGAAAUCUGUAUUUCCAGGGACUUCUUGCCAGGGGGCAGGAGAGAUUACACAGUCCAAGUUCAGCUAAGGUUAUGCCUAGCAGAGACAAGCUGCCCUCAAGAAGAUAAUUACCCUAAUAGUUUGUGUAUUAAAGUAAAUGGGAAGCUAUUUCCAUUGCCGGGAUAUGCUCCACCGCCAAAAAAUGGACUUGAACAGAAGCGACAUGGACGCCCCUUGAAUAUAACAUCUCUAGUUAGGUUGUCGUCAGCAGUGCCAAACCAGAUUUCCAUUUCCUGGGCUUCUGAAAUUGGAAAGAAUUACUCCAUGUCUGUGUAUCUCGUUCGUCAGCUCACUUCAGCUAUGCUUUUGCAGAGGUUAAAAAUGAAAGGUAUUAGAAACCCCGAUCAUUCCAGAGCACUAAUUAAAGAAAAACUAACUGCAGAUCCUGAUAGUGAGAUUGCCACAACCAGCCUGCGGGUCUCUCUGAUGUGUCCUCUGGGAAAAAUGAGACUGACAAUCCCAUGCCGGGCUGUUACUUGCACACAUCUGCAGUGUUUUGAUGCUGCUCUUUAUCUUCAAAUGAAUGAAAAGAAGCCUACUUGGAUCUGCCCUGUCUGUGACAAAAAGGCAGCUUAUGAGAGCCUAAUAUUAGAUGGGCUUUUUAUGGAAAUCCUUAAUGAAUGUUCAGAUGUGGAUGAGAUCAAAUUCCAAGAAGAUGGCUCUUGGUGCCCCAUGAGGCCUAAGAAAGAAGCUGUGAAAGUCUCAAGUCCACAGUGCACCAAAAUAGAAAGUUCCAGUGUUGUUAGCAAACCUUGUUCUGUGAUGGUGGCCAAUGAGGUAAACAAGAAGAAAGUUGACGUUAUUGACUUGACAAUAGAAAGCUCUUUUGAUGAAGAGGAAGAUCCUCCUGCCAAAAGGAAGUGUAUAUUUAUGUCUGAAACACAAGGAAGCCCAACCAAAGGGGUUCUCAUGUAUCAGCCAUCUACUGUCAGAGUGUCCAGUGUGACAGCGGUUGAUGUUGCUGCUAUUCCUCCUUCAUUAACAGACUACCCAGUACCAUUCCAUCAUCCACCAAUAUCCAGUAUUUCAUCAGACUUGCCAGGUCUGGAUUUUCUUUCGCUAAUCCCAGUUGAUUCACAGCAGUACUGUCCUCCUAUCUUUUUGGAUAGUCUCACCUCAACCUUAACAAGCAGCACACCUGGCAGCAUCAUCACAUCAACCAGUCACCACGAGAGUCGCAUGUGCAUUAGCUCCUCCAGCAGGAGUGAGACAGGAGUGAUAACCAGCAGUGGAGGCGGUGCUCCUGACAUCAUCUCACUGGACUGA